CUGUCAAAACAGCCUACAUCAACAUGAUGGACCUGUUUGAGACCAACACUUAUUUUUUCAACGAUUUACGUUAUCUCGAGGCGGACCAUGGGACCUUGGAUAUGCCUGGAGUGUCCCCACUCUAUGAGGGGAACGACAGCCCUCUGUCCCCGGGACAGGAUCCGGUCCCGUCUGAGACCGGGUGCGAGAGCAGCGGGGAGGAACACGUCCUCGCUCCGCCGGGGCUCCAGUCUCACUGUGAGGGGCAGUGUCUUAUGUGGGCUUGUAAGGUCUGUAAAAGAAAAUCCGCGCCGACCGACCGGCGAAAGGCCGCCACUUUGAGAGAAAGAAGGCGGCUUAAAAAGAUCAACGAUGCGUUUGACGCGUUAAAGAAAAAGACGGUGCCCAAUCCGAACCAGAGGCUGCCCAAAGUGGAGAUUUUACGCUGCGCAAUAAACUACAUCGAGAAACUGCAGGACCUGUUGCAUACGCUGGAUGAGCAAGAACAGAGCUCUGACAGUGACCCUUACAACCAUGUGGCUCCCAAUGAGUAUCACUGGAAAAAGACCUGCCAGAACUGGCAAGGGAUUCCAGAUCAUUCCAACUCCCAGAUGGCCAGUCACCCAGAAGAAGCCGCAGUGGAGUCUUCAACGUCCAGCAGCCUUCGUCGCCUCUCCUCGAUCGUUGACAGCAUUUCCGCUGAAGAGACGAAAGCUCGCUGUCCGAACCAGAUCUCAGAAAAGUGAAGCUCGAGCAUCCACCUCAUAUUUCCUACGUAUAUUUAUUUAUUUCCAUGAGCUAGUGUGAAUGUUCUAAAUGUAAUAGGCAACACUUGGCAAUAACGUUUGUUAAGAAGUCAUUAACAAGCAUGCACCAAUAAUGCAUAACAGAUCAUGUUCAAUUUAACAAAUUAAUAUAUAUAUGAAAAUAUGUUCUUAACAACAUUU